AAUAUUUUAAAAGUUUCGUUAAGAAAAUGGCAAUGGAAUUCCAGUUGCGUGAAAACGAAACCAUUGACGAUUUUUACAAUCGCUGCAACAAUUUGACUUAUUUCGACUGCAGUGAAGAGGAAAUGCUAUGGUGGAUGAUGGGGUCCCGGCGGUUGCCGCUGAACGAAAUAAUUCCCAUAAGCAUAGUGCUUGUGGUGAUAUUUUUGACUGGCGUGGUGGGGAACAUUUGCGUCUGUGUAGUGAUUGUGAAGCAUCCAGGUCUGCAUACGGCGACUAACUAUUAUCUGUUCAGUUUGGCGGUCAGCGACCUGCUUCUACUAAUGUUCGGUCUACCAAACGACUUGUCAGUCUACUGGCACCAGUACCCUUACAGCCUGGGCAUCGUGUUCUGCAAGCUGCGCGCAUUCAUAUCUGAAGCAGCCACCUACGUGUCCGUGCUGACGAUCUCCGCGUUCUCCCUGGAACGUUACCUGGCCAUAUGCCAGCCCCUGCACCUGUAUGCCAUGGCGGGACUGACGCGAGCCUCGAGGAUCAUCCUGGUUCUGUGGAUCAUAUCCGCGAUCUGCGCUACGCCCCUUGCGGUGUACACGGACAUUAGCUACAGGGAUUAUCCACCAAAUUCUGGCAACAUCUCGACGGAGUCCGCAUUCUGCGCUCUCAUGGCCCCUUCUCCACUCCUCGAGCUGAGCAGCAUCUUCUUCUUCUUCCUGCCUGGUGUGCUCAUCCUCUGCCUCUAUGUCAGGAUGGGCUUGCAUAUCAGAUCAACAAAGGUAUCAGAGAAGACAAAGAUGGGCCUGCUGAACGGGCAGGUGCACGGCGAGACGCGGCAGGCCAAGUCUCGGAAGGCCAUCAUCCGGAUGCUGGCGGCGGUGGUGGUCGCAUUCUUCGUGUGCUGGGCGCCGUUCCACAUCCAGCGUGUGUUCUACGUGUAUGGCCGCCAGCACCCCAAGUACGAGCUGAUCAACGAGCACCUGUUCAACAUCGCCGGGGCGCUGUACUACGUCUCCGCCACCGUCAACCCGAUACUGUACAACGUCAUGAGUGGCAGGUCAGUCAGAUAUAUCUACGUGUACCGCCAGCACCCCAAGUACGAGCUGAUCAACGAGCACCUGUUCAACAUCGCCGGGGCGCUGUACUACGUCUCCGCCACCGUCAACCCGAUACUGUACAACGUCAUGAGUGGCAGGUCAGUCAGAUAUAUCUACGUGUACCGCCAGCACCCCAAGUACGAGCUGAUCAACGAGCACCUGUUCAACAUCGCCGGGGCGCUGUACUACGUCUCCGCCACCGUCAACCCGAUACUGUACAACGUCAUGAGUGGCAGGUCAGUCAGAUAUAUCUACGUGUACCGCCAGCACCCCAAGUACGAGCUGAUCAACGAGCACCUGUUCAACAUCGCCGGGGCGCUGUACUACGUCUCCGCCACCGUCAACCCGAUACUGUACAACGUCAUGAGCGGCAGGUCAGUCAGAUAUAUCUACGUGUACCGCCAGCACCCCAAGUACGAGCUGAUCAACGAGCACCUGUUCAACAUCGCCGGGGCGCUGUACUACGUCUCCGCCACCGUCAACCCGAUACUGUACAACGUCAUGAGUGGCAGGUCAGUCAGAUAUAUCUACGUGUACCGCCAGCGCCCCAAGUACGAGCUGAUCAACGAGCACCUGUUCAACAUCGCCGGGGCGCUGUACUACGUCUCCGCCACCGUCAACCCGAUACUGUACAACGUCAUGAGUGGCAGGUCAGUCAGAUAUAUCUACGUGUACCGCCAGCAUCCCAAGUACGAGCUGAUCAACGAGCACCUGUUCAACAUCGCCGGGGCGCUGUACUACGUCUCCGCCACCGUCAACCCGAUACUGUACAACGUCAUGAGUGGCAGAUACCGCAUCGCAUUCCAAGAGACCCUGCUCUGUCGCAAAGUACGGAGGGACUCGCGUCUCACGAACCUAGACCACACGAGCGCCUCCAAGGCCUCGCAGUACCGGAAGAGAGAGUCCCGCAUUGCCUUCGUCAGUAAGGUGGACUACGUGAAAAACCAACCGGCGCCAUUUUGUGGCGACAAUGGCGACAUCAAAAUGGAGGACAGCACCGUCUUCUACUUCUACGACGACAAGCAGGAUGGCAUGCAGAUUGACAGCUGCAUGUAAAA